CUCUUUCCCCCUAGCGCUCUCAGAGAGAAGCACACACUGAUGAUGGUGAUAACCAGCGAAACCACUCGUUCAAAUACGAUCGUCCAUGUCCCACCAUGGAACCUCCUCGACGAUCCAACUGCCACCACCGUCAACCUCUACCGCAAUGCCACUGGUGACACCACCAACUUCGAAGCCCUGGCGGCGCUCCACCGCUAUCUUCCCUCAAACACCACCACCGCCGCCGCGGACUCUGAUUUUCUGAGCGACGACUACCACAUUCCUCUGGGCGCGUUCUCAUGCGAUCAUUUUCGUAUGUUCGAUUUCAAGGUGAAGAAGUGCGCACGUGCGAACUCACACGACUGGACGGAGUGCCCGUACCUGCACGCCGGCGAGAAGGCUCGCCGGCGUGACCCCCGGAAGUUCCACUACUCCGGCACCGCGUGCCCGGAGUUUCGCAAAGGACAAUGCAAAAAGGGCGACUUGUGCGAGUUCGCUCACGGCGUAUUCGAGUGCUGGCUCCACCCUUCUCGCUAUCGUACGCAGCCCUGCAAGGACGGCACCCAUUGUCGCCGCCGUGUCUGCUUCUUCGCUCACACUCCCGAUCAGCUUCGGGUCUUGCCUCAGACCAGUCCCAGAACCACCGAUUCGUAUGACGGGUCGCUGAGUCGACUCGGUUCGUCUCCGACAUCGACUCUGUACUCGCCAUCUGACUCGCCGAAUGUGAACUCGGUGAGUGAACUCUCUUGGUCGAUGAUGAAGAAUCUGCAGAUUGGGAAGGUGAGGAUGAGCAUGAGUCCGACUUCUCAAAUGGGAUCCGAGUGUUGUUCGCCCCGAAGUCCGUCGGGUCUCCGAUCCGGGUUUUCGAGCCUCCCUUCGACUCCUACUCGGACCCCAAGUCGGUCUGGAUUCGAUUUCUGGGACCAGACCUGUGAAGAGGAGCCUGUAAUGGAGAGGGUAGAGUCUGGGAGAGACCUGCGUGCAAAGAUAUACGCGAAACUCAGCAAGGAAAACUCACUGAAGCGAGUUGAUUUGGCUCCGGGUCCUGAUUUCGGGUGGGUGUCCGAACUGGUGAAGUGACCGAAAACGGAUCUUGGUUUGGUUCGUUGUUUUGGGUUAAUGGGUUUUCGGGUUCAGUGGCAUGACAUGUGAAUAUUAAAAGACCUAAAGAUUAAUUGCAGAUUAAUCUGAUGUGAAGUUUUUGAUCAGUGAUUAAUCUUGUGUAAAUAGUGGAUCGGGAAGGAAGAGAUUAGACAUUAAUCUCUAUUUUGUGUUUUGUGUUUUGUGUUUUUGUUUUUUGGGAUAAAACUUGCAAGUUUGUGUAUAAACAAGAAGGGUUUUGUUGGCUGCUGAAGAAAGUGAUGUAGCAUUUUGUUUUGUUGAUCAUAUAUUUGUAAUUGGUCUUAUGAAUUUGCUGUGUUUACUUUUGUUGAGAAAGUGAUGAUCUUCUGUAAGCUCAUUCACAUUCAAACCCAUCUGCUCUUAAGUUUACAAUUUGUAAGAAUUAAAAAAUAUGUAUGUAUUGUGUUUUUUUUAGCACCA